ACAGCCUGUAUAAAAAGCGCUGCUCGCAGUCACGGAGCUCAUUCGUCGAGUAUCGAGGAAAGAAAAUGCCUGAACCCGCCAAGUCAGCGCCCAAGAAGGGCUCCAAGAAAGCCGUGACCAAGACUGCCGGCAAGGGCGGCAAGAAGAAGAGAAAGACCAGGAAGGAGAGCUACGCCAUCUACGUGUACAAGGUGCUGAAGCAGGUCCACCCCGACACCGGGAUCUCCUCCAAAGCCAUGAGCAUCAUGAACUCGUUUGUCAACGACAUCUUCGAGCGCAUCGCUGCCGAGGCAUCUCGCCUGGCCCACUACAACAAACGCUCCACCAUCACCUCCAGGGAGAUCCAGACCGCAGUGCGCCUUCUUCUCCCCGGUGAGCUGGCCAAGCACGCCGUGUCUGAGGGCACCAAGGCCGUCACCAAGUACACCAGCUCCAAAUAAACGGACUGGCCGUCAGACGUCAACACAACGGCUCUUUUCAGAGCCACACA